AUGGUGCCCCCAGAGCUAGCUCGGGGGCGGUGGGAUGUGACUGUGUCCAUUCUUCCAAUUAUUGCGUCCAUCCUAAAGUGCAGAGGGCUCUUUGGGUAUGUUUUAGGUAGACUCUCUCCCUGCCCACCUGGGUACCUGGUAGUGACGGUGAACUGUCCACAGCUGGGACCCGGGAGGGUGCUGCUGGUGGCCAACAUGCUGCGGUACGGCCGCAGACUGUGCGGCCUGGGAGCCGGAGCAGCUCUGCGGGGACCUACAGACCGAGGCGGCCUGCUCUGCGGAGGUCGCGCCCGGGGAGUCAGCACCAGCUGGUCCCCGGUGGGCGCCGCCUUCAAUGUCAAGCCCCAGGGUCGCCGGUGGGACCUGCUGGGAGAGCGCCAGGGUCUUUUUGGAGUUCCUGAGCUCAGCACCCCUGAAGGAUUCCAUGUUGCUCAGAAGGAGGCCUUGAGGAAGACGGAAUGGCUGGUGGAGCGAGCAUGUACCACACCUCCAGGGCCACAGACGGUCCUCAUCUUUGAUGAGCUCUCGGAUUGCCUGUGCAGAGUGGCCGACUUGGCAGACUUUGUGAAAAUCGGACACCCUGAGCCCGCAUUCAGAGAGGCUGCAGAAGAGGCCUGCAGGAGUAUCGGCACCAUGGUGGAAAAGUUGAAUACGAAUGUGGAAUUAUAUCAGAGUCUGUGGAAAUUACUAGAUGAUAAGAAGCUAAUGGAUUCCCUUGAUGCAGAAACCAGGCGAGUGGCUGAACUAUUUAUGUUUGAUUUUGAAAUCAGUGGAAUUCAUCUAGAUGAAGAAAAGCGCAGAAGAGCAGUGGAUCUCAAUGUUAAGAUCCUGGAUUUGAGCAGUGCCUUUCUUAUGGGAGCCAACUUUCCCAACAAGAUACAGAAGCAUCUCUUGCCACAGCACAUUCGGCACCACUUUGCCCGCGAUGGGAGUUACGUUGUCAUUGACGGUCUGCAUGCAGAAGCCUCGGAUGACUUGGUUCGGGAAGCUGCUUAUAAAAUUUUCCUUUAUCCCAAUGCUGGUCAGUUGAAAUGUCUAGAAGAAUUGCUAAGCAGCAGAGAUCUUCUGGCAAACUUAGUAGGUUAUCCUACAUUUUCCCACAGGGCCCUCCAGGGAACCAUAGCUCAGACUCCAGAGACUGUCAUGCAGUUCCUUGAGAAACUCUCUGACAAACUCUCGGAAAGAGCUGCAAAAGAUUUUGAGAUGAUGAGAGACAUGAAAAUGAAACUAAAUCCUCAAAAUUCUGAACUAAUGCCCUGGGACCCCCCCUACUACAGUGGUGUGAUUCGUGCAGAGAGGUAUAAUAUUGAGCCCAGUUUAUAUUGCCCAUUUUUCUCCCUUGGAGCUUGCAUGGAAGGCCUGAACAUCUUAUUUAACAAACUGUUGGGCAUCACCUUGUAUGCAGAGCAGCCUGCAAAAGGAGAGGUGUGGUGUGAUGAUGUCCGGAAAUUGGCUGUUGUUCAUGAAUCUGAAGGGUUGCUGGGGUACAUUUACUGUGAUUUUUUCCAGCGAGCAAACAAGCCGCAUCAGGACUGCCACUUCACCAUUCGAGGGGGCAGAUUAAAGGAAGAUGGAAGCUAUCAGCUCCCAGUCGUCGUUCUGAUGCUGAAUCUUCCUCAUUCCUCCAGGGACUCUCCCACCUUAUUAACUCCUGGGAUGAUGGAGAAUCUCUUCCAUGAGAUGGGACAUGCCAUGCAUUCAAUGCUUGGACGAACUCGGUACCAGCAUGUCACUGGGACCAGGUGCCCGACGGACUUUGCGGAAGUCCCGUCUAUCCUAAUGGAGUACUUUUCAAAUGACUACCGGGUAGUCAGCCAGUUUGCCAGGCAUUAUCAGACGGGGCAGCCCCUUGAAGAAGAUAUGCUAGCAGUGCUCUGUACUUCAGUACGAUAGCGGGUGCCCUGUACUGCUGGAGACCUUAGUUUGCAGGUCUUUUAUGCCGCCCUGGAUCAAAUCUACCAUGGCCAGCAUCCCCUGAGGAAGUCGACCACAGAUAUCCUCAUGGAAACACAAGAGCACUUCUAUGGCUUGCCCUAUGUUCCUGACACUGCUUGGCAGCUGAGGUUCAGCCACCUCGUGGGAUAUGGCGCCAAAUAUUACUCAUACCUGAUGUCCAGGGCUGUAGCAUCCAUGGUCUGGAAGGAGUGCUUCCUACAGGAUCCUUUCAACAGGGCCGCCGGGGAACGCUACCGCAGAGAGAUGUUAGCCCAUGGUGGAGGCAAGGAGCCCAUGCUCAUGGUUCAAGGCAUGCUGCAGAAGUGUCCCUCCAUUGAUGACUUCGUGGGCGCCCUCGUUUCUGACUUGAAUCUGGACUUUGAAACUUUCUUCAUGGAUUCUAAAUAGCAGACGCAUGGCUCGUCACCAGAUCUCGAUCAUACACCUACAACAGCUCCAUCCAACUUCAGUUCACUGAGGAAAUAUUUCCUGACAAGCCUUAAACUGACGGAACUUGGAAUAAAUGUGUUUGAAUUA